CAUGCACAGAGUGGAAUGGUUGCUGGCAGUCACAUGAAAACACAAAGCAAGCGAGCAUACAAGGAAGGACACACACACCAGCUCUACCUCUGCUCUGUCAAUAGGGAUAGGCCUGCACGGUCUCCACAGCAACCACGCCCCUCCCUUUGGCUUGCAGGGGAGGUGUUUUGAAAGUUCACAGCGUGUUUGUGCGUGUGUGUGUGUGUGUGUGUGUGUGUGUGUGUGUGUGUGGAUAGAAAGAUAGAAAGGGGCGUGGAUGCUGAAUUAACUCCAAGAAGUAAAACACCCAGCCUUCAGUUCUCAGCUGGAGCAAGUGACAGCUGCAUCAAGGCAGAGUGAAACCACUACUAGACUAUUAGUGUUCUGGUGAAUUACCCCAUUAGAGCGGGACACUUGACCACCUGUGAACCAUGGAAGAUGACGCGUCCCACGCCGAGCUCAGCGGGAGCAUUACCGGCAGCACCCACACCAUCCCGCAGCAGCAGCCACAGGCCGAGAAUGCGGAGCUCGUGAUCACACCGUCUUCCGCCCCGUCCUCCCCGACCCCGACAAGCACCCUCUCCCGCCUGGGCUUUAAAAGCCCGACCAGCCCGACCGCGGCCGCGCCGGGAAGCCCCCCCAGCGGCCAGGUGAGCGCCAUCACGGUGGUGGCGCUGCUGGAUAAGCUGGUCAACAUGAUGGAAGCGGUGCAGGAUAACCAGCAGCGGAUGGAGCAGCGGCAGGCCGACCUGGAGGGCGCCGUGCGGGUCGUGCAGGGGGACGUGACCCGCCUGUCCAAAACUCACGUCGGCACCUCCAACAGCGUCAACAAGCUGCUGGAGCGCUCGCGCAAAGUCAGCGGGAACCUGAAGGAGGUGAGGGAGCGCUUGGAUAAACAGGCGGUCCAGGUGAAGAAGCUGGAGGCAAACCACAGCCACCUGCUGAAGAGGAACCACUUUAAGGUGCUCAUCUUCCAGGAAGACAAUGAGAUCCCUGCCAGUGUGCUGGUCAAGGACUCCCUCAGGACCCCACAACCAAGCCAUUAUGAUGCAGAUUCCAUCAUUCCUGCUCCAUCUGUUACCGGCUCUGUUGAUGGUAGCCGUGCGCAUGAGGAGGGCCUUCAGACCAUUAGCCUGUCCUCCGAUGACGAUGAUGGUCUUGCGGCACACCGAGAGGACGACGAGAUGUUUGAGGGCGAGCCAGUGAGUCCUGGCACUUCCCGCAUGUAUGAGACAAGGGCUGACAAGUUCAAGCGCAACAGCCUGAAGAAGGUUGAUAGCCUCAAGAAGGCCUUCUCGCGCCAGAGCAUCGAGAAGAAGGUGAACCAGAUAACCACCAAGAUCGUGCCACCGGAGAAGCGUGACAAAAUCAAGAAGAGCCUCACCCCUAACCAUCCCAAGAGCCCGACUGCAAAAUCAUCCUCUUUCAAGGUAUCUCCCAUGACCUUUAAUGUCAAGAAGGUCAGAGAUGGGGAGGCCCCCACACAAGACAUCGUCUCACCUGUGGGAGAAGCCCAUGUGGAGAUUCCUACUCUGGAAAGCUUAGAUGGAGAGAUUCCCUUGGCGGAGGUGCAUGCCCAGGAAGGUCUUGUGGAGCAGAUCCAGGAGACGCUGAGUCCCUCCACCCCAGAGAACAUGAAGGCAGAGCUGAAGGCAGAGCUGGCAAUCAAUGGAGAGGCACCAAGCUUUGAGUGUGAGAUCAAUGGUGGUCGUUCUGCUGGCCUGGCAGUUCCAGAGGUUGAUGAAGAUGUUGGCGAGGAUGAGGAAGAAGAGGAGGAAGAAACAGAGAAACACAAAAGCCCUGUUGAGACAGCAGCAGAUGCCCAGAUUCCCACAGCAUCAAUUACUCUGGAGCAAGUGUCUUAAUAUGAUUUAAUUUUAGUGAGCAUCAAUUCUAGUUUUCAGUUCUUUCUUUUCUUGCUAAAGUUCCUACAUUUGUGAACACCCAGCAGGCACAAAUUAUCCCUCCAUUGUAAACAGCCUUGUGUUCUUGUCAUAAACACCUAUACGGAUACACUAGAAACAUACUCUAAGCUUCCCAAGGCAGUCCAUCCUUGGACCAUUCCUGCAACACUACCUUUGAUUGUAACCAGCAUAGUCUAAAAACCUUGCCUUAGACUUUACAAGCAACUAGGUUAACAACUAGACCUCACAGUGUAUCAGAAUCCAGCACGAGUGCUUCCUAAACCCUGUAGCUGGGUUGUCCAAAGAAAGCACCAAUGCACUAUAACUCACUCCCAUCAACUGGAGCCCACCUCUUCAAUAGCAGCACAUCUCCAGGGCGCUGGGCCAACUAUCUCCCUCCUGCUGGGUUUGUCUGCCUCUGGAGCUCUCCUCCUUGCUGACAAAUAGCCUCUUUGUUCUUUGUGUUUCUUUGUGAAAAAUAGUAAAUCUUUGGCAACAGUGGUACUGCCCACAGCCUGUUGAGGCAGCGUGUUGCCAGGUUGUGUAAGAGUUGGAAUGGGGAGUUUUGGGGUUUUCAGUGAAAAGGUCCUGGGGUGUUUUGUAGUGACCUAGAGGUUGUUUACUAGAUUCUUUGGACCUGUGCUGAAAAUGCCCAGAUCUUAACUAACAGGCGACUAUACUUUAGUAGUCCGAGUGGCACUGUCUUGUCUCCUGUCCUUCACCUACCUGCACAUGUCAAAUUGUUUGUUACCUCUACGGUGAGAUCCCAUUCUUAAUGUCUGACUUUAUCAUUGAUUAAGUACCUAGAACACCACAUGUAUACCUGUGGUACAGUAAAGUAUUUUGUAAUUUAUGAUUGCCAAUUGAGCAAGUAGCAAUUAACCUCCAGGUGCUUAAAAGAAGAAUUGACAGCAUUUGAAUGCAAUCAGUGUAAAUGUUCUUGUGAAUCACACCAACCAAUAGUCUAAGAAAGGUAAAAGAUAAACUUUCUGUAUUUGCAAGGACUAGUUAACAUGUUUGUGCUCAAAUACACUGAUGCAAAUGAAGGACAUGGUUGCAGGAUAGAAGCUACUCUAGAUGCCCAGAAACAUACGUAAGUGACACAAAGAACCCUACAGGUUUUAGCCCUUUGUCUUUACUGCAGGGCAACUUUGUAUGUUUAUGUACAGGAAUAUUUUUUCUAUGUGAGGCACACUACUCUCUAGAUACUUACAUCUAAUACACCAUAAAAUCAUAACUUUAUGACAACUGCCUUGAGUGUUUGUACUCUAUACAAUAAAUGUUGUAUCUGUGAAUUUGUUUUGAAAUACUACAAGAUAUUUGUGUGUUUUCAGGCAUCCAUAACUUGCAUGGUGAAAAGUUUACUCAGUUUCAUAUGUUUCAAACAAAAACACUAUCUUAUACAUUUGCCAGGGCACCAUCACUAAAUUCCCACCUCCUAGAUACAUGUACACACAUGCUCCAACAGUGCCUUUACCUUGCACAGGCUGGUAUGAGAAAUUGCAGUCCUGAAGGGAUGGAUUCCUAUGUUUUUGUAGAUAAGAGUAAUAGUAAAACAUGCGUGAAGUUUUUUUCCUUACAGCUUUCACUUUAUGGGGCAUAGAUAGUCACGGCUUGAUACCAACUCCAUAAAAGCUGAGAAUGUUUAAGUUCAAACGAGGUGCAAAUACAUUCACAACCAACUUGUGUGUUUGGAAGUCAUGCCUGAAAGUUUCCAAAAAGUGACCUUCCUCUUGUUGCACAUCGUUAGCGCUAUACCAGCCGUGGUUACAGGUGUCUAAUGCCAUGACUCCCUAAAAAUAAUUUAGCAAGUGAUACCAGGUGCCAGAUACUAGAGAGGUCACAGAAGUGGAUAAAGGCAGAGGACAGCAUUCCUAGCUUUGACGGAUGACUCCAGCUCAGCCCAUUUUUCAUGCUCUUGGCCUCCUUGUUGAGACAGUGCAAAGAGAGGAAGACGCUCUCUGGAGCCACAGGUGUUGUAGCUCCUGGGCAUGAGCUUGUAGUGGAAAGGGGACAAGUGUGGCUGUUGGGAAGUUGAGUAAAGGACUUAAGUUGUUGGAAAGGAUGAAAAGGUUGCCUUGGGAUUAGGGAUACUGUAUGUAAAAUUGUGGGAGUCUGAAAUACAUUAGACCUUGGAAACUGAAAUACGUUGCAGGUGUUAAACAUACCAAUAUCUGGCAUUGUAGGAUUCCAUUACUUAUACCCCACUACAUCCAUCAUACAUUUUCUAUAGAAGACAGAGCAAGGGAUUCUUAACAUCUUUAAAUCAAUAUAUGGAUCCCCAAAUAUUUUGAUAUCUGAACUAUGCAAAAAAAACAAGUCUUUAUUGAGAGAAGUUGUGCACAUCAAAAAGCAGACAUACUUUCAACUCGUACUUGACCUAAAGCCUUUUAAGUGCUUCAUGUGUUACAAUUAACCUGCCAGUUUUCUCAAUGGGAUUUGUAAAGAGAAAAUAAAAAUAUAAAGAUAAAUAAAUUUAAAUAACUUACCUGUGUUUAUUAAAUGUGCUUAGUCAUUUUGAGAUUUUUUUCUUUUUAAUUCUUCUUUGAAAAGGGAUCAAACACUAGGCUUAUGUGUACAUUCUUUACACUACAGAUUACAAUGUGACUGGCUUUGAGGUAUUUUCUGCUUAUUCAUGCAAAUGUGUUACUUUGGUGAUCUCACUCUUUGCUAAUGAUAAAAUGUUAUAUCUAAAUUUGUGUAUUGUGUAAGAGUCUGUUUUUUUUUGUCUUGAAAUCAGACUGUUUAUUCUGGAUCAUAUGUGAGAAAUGUUUUUGUGUGUUUGUGUGUUCAAACACCGGACAUUUACAGCAUUUGUCGGGUAGUGGUAUCAUGUUUAACAUCAUCUUUGUUCAUACAGAGUUCUGACUUUAUAGCCUAUUCAUUUAGUUAACCACUUCAACCAAAGAGGUUUCCUUCACAGCAGAAGAUUCUCUGCCACCUGAGUGUUAAAAUGAACUCCUCCUGACACUUGUUUCAAGCAUCCUGUAAACAUGCAGGCAUUUCCUUUCAGAAUUUAGUAUUGUAUACAUCAAUAAAGAUUUUAUAACGUUCAAA